AUCAGGUAACUGAAUGAAGUUUAGUGAAUAAACGUCAAUAAAAUAAUGUCAUUUUUGGAUUUUUCUUAAAAUUUGUUAGUUUUUAUUGUUCUUGAUUUUUGUAAAGAUAAUUUAAUCAAUAAAAUUGGUUUUAAUGGAGGCUAUACCAUCACCUGAGUCUACAAACAUGGAUUCGAUUGAUAACAAUCCUGAUGAUUCUUCUGAUUAUUUAGAUGUUCUCGACAAUAAACAAAUAUUGAAAAAAGUGAUCAAAGAAGGGAACAAGGAAAAAGCAAGACCUGAAAAAGGGUGUAGAGUGAAAAUAAAUUUGUCUGUUUUUCUUAAAGAUUCAGAUGAGAAAGUUGAAUCACUAGAUGGUAUUGAAAUAUUUGUAGGUGACUGUGAUUUAAAUCAUGCCGUGGACUUGAUUGUGCCUCUUAUGAAUGUUGGAGAAAUUGCUGAAGUCAUUGUUACCCCUCGGUUUGCUUAUGGGGAAAAGGGACGAGAACCUGAUAUACCACCCAAUGCUUCGUUGAAACUGAUUAUUGAGCUCAUCGCCAUCGAUUGGGUUGAAGAUUUGAGCGAAAUUGAAGCAGCAACAAGAAUCAAAAUAGGUGAAGCCAAAAAAGAAAGAGGCAACUUCUUUUUUGGUAGGCAAGAGUACUCCAGCAGUGUAAUGCUUUACAAAAGAGCAAUUGAAUUUCUGGAGUUUGAUGUUUCUGAGCUCGGUGAUGAUGUGGACAAGGCAACUUUGGACAAACUCAAUGACUUGAAAGCCAGCGUUUACAACAAUUUAGCUCAAUCCCAAAUGAAAUUGGAGGCAUUUGAUGCUGCUUUAAAUGCUGUCAAUAGUGCUUUGGCAAUCAACGAGAAAAAUGUCAAGGCUCUAUUCCGCAAAGGGAAAAUACUCACUUCGAAAGGCGAUCUUGAAGAAGCUCUCGAAGUUUACAAGGCAGCCUCACAAUUGGAUCCAGAAAAUCGUUUGAUUAAAAUUGAAAUUUCACAAGUGUCUAAAUCAUAUUCAAAACAGCUGGCUGAAGAAAAAUUAAUGUUCAAAAGGAUGUUACAAUUGGAUAAUUGUGAAACAUCAACAACUACAAUAAGAAAACAAAAUGAUACAUUUUACAAAUACAGAACUUUUAUUAUUGCGUUAACAAUCGGUUUUGUUGCAAUCGGAGCUGCUUUUUAUUUUAAUUAGACAUAUCAAUUGAUAAUUUUGCUAUUAAACAAAUUUAAAAAGUGAAAA